AUGUCGACUCAAAAAACAGUAGAUUCACGGAUCCCCACCCUCAUCCGCAAUGGCCUCCAAGAGAAGAAGCGCAGCUUCUUCGUCGUGGUCGGCGACCGCUCGAAGGAUGCCAUUGUGCAUUUAUACUACAUCAUGUCGAGCAUGGACGUGAGGCAAAACAAGUCGGUUCUCUGGGCGUACAAGAACAAGCUCCUCGGCUUCACAAGUCACCGGAAGAAGCGCGAAAACAAGAUCAAGAAGGAGAUCAAGCGAGGCACGCGCGAGGCCAAUUCCGAGGACCCCUUCGAGCUUUUCAUCUCGCUCCAUGACAUUCGCUAUGUCUACUACAAGGAGACCGACAAAAUCUUGGGAAACACAUAUGGCAUGUGCAUUCUACAAGACUUCGAGGCCAUGACGCCCAAUAUCCUUGCCCGAACCAUCGAAACUGUCGAGGGUGGAGGUUUGGUCGUACUAUUGCUGAAGGGCAUGAACAGUUUGAAGCAGCUGUAUUCCCUUUCUAUGGAUGUACACUCGAGGUACCGGACCGAGGCGCACGACGACGUCGUUGCGAGAUUCAACGAGCGCUUUAUUCUAUCGCUUGGUGGUUGUGAAUCUUGUCUCGUCAUCGAUGACGAGCUCAACGUUUUGCCGAUAUCAGGGGGAAAGGGCGUCAAGCCUCUCCCACCACCAGACGACGACGAACCCAAGAGCGCGGCAACGCAGGAGCUGGAAAAUAUGAAGGAGUCUCUCCAAGACACCCAGCCGAUAGGGUCUCUCGUCAAGCUAGCCCGCACAACCGACCAAGCGAAGGCCUUGCUUACGUUUGUGGAUGCCAUCGCGGAGAAAACGCUGCGGAAUACGGUCACCUUGACCGCAGCGCGUGGUCGUGGCAAAUCAGCAGCCAUGGGUGUUGCCAUCGCAGCUGCUGUCGCGUACGGGUACAGCAACAUCUUCAUCACUUCGCCAUCGCCAGAAAACUUGAAGACGCUGUUCGAGUUUGUGUUCAAGGGCUUUGACGCGCUCGACUACAAAGACCAUGCUGAUUACUCCAUCAUCCAAUCUACGAAUCCCGAUUUUAAUAAGGCGAUUGUCCGGGUCAACAUCCACAGGAACCAUCGGCAGACCAUUCAAUACAUACGCCCCCAGGACAGCCAUGUUUUGGGACAAGCCGAGCUUGUGGUCAUUGACGAAGCGGCGGCUAUUCCCUUGCCUCUGGUGAAGAAUCUGAUGGGUCCGUAUCUGGUCUUCAUGGCAUCGACGAUCAGCGGUUACGAAGGCACCGGCCGCUCACUCUCGUUGAAGCUAAUCAAGCAGCUGAGGGAGCAAUCUCGGGCGGGCGCCAAUCCAAACAGCGGCGGCGCGGUUGAAGUCGAUAGAUCGAGCGGGCGGACCACUAAGGAAACCGUCGCGGUGGGCGGACGGUCGCUCAAAGAGAUCACCCUCUCCGAACCCAUCCGUUAUGCCCAAGGGGAUAAAGUGGAGAAAUGGCUGAACACACUUCUCUGCUUGGACGCGACACUGCCAAAGUCGAAACUCAGCACCCAGGGAUGCCCGGACCCUUCGCAGUGUGAGCUGCUACAUGUCAACCGCGAUACGCUUUUCUCCUUCCACCCGGUCUCGGAAAAGUUCUUGCAGCAAAUGGUUGCGCUUUACGUGGCAAGCCACUACAAGAACUCCCCGAAUGACCUGCAACUCAUGAGUGAUGCGCCGGCACACGAGCUGUUUGUCCUUACCGGCCCCAUUGUCGAGGGCCGCCUGCCGGAGCCUCUAUGCGUGAUUCAGGUGUCGUUAGAAGGCAAGAUCAGCAAGCAGAGUAUCCUAAAUAGCUUGGGCAGAGGCCAGCAACCCGCUGGUGAUCUGAUCCCGUGGCUGGUCAGCCAACAGUUCCAGGACGACGAGUUUGCUUCCCUAUCAGGUGCUCGGGUGGUCCGAAUCGCCACGAACCCCGAGUAUAUGUCAAUGGGGUACGGCUCGAAGGCGCUUCAGCUCCUGGUCGAGUACUACGAAGGGAAAUUUGCCGACCUCUCGGAGGAUGGAAGCAAAGCUUUGCAGCAACCCAUCCCUCGAAUCACAGAUGCCGAACUUGCAGAGGCCAGCCUUUUUGAUGAUAUCAAAGUCCGGGAUAUGAGCGAGCUGCCACCGCUUUUCGCCAAACUAGCAGAGCGCCGGCCCGAAAAGCUCGAUUAUGUGGGUGUCAGCUACGGUUUGACCAGUCCGCUGCACAGGUUUUGGAAACGGGCCGAGUUUGCCCCAGUCUACCUGAGGCAAACGGCGAAUGAACUGACAGGCGAACACACGUGUGUUAUGAUCCGGCCGCUCCAAGACGGGAAUGACCCGAGCUGGCUUGGUGCGUUUGCCAACGAUUUUCACCGCCGCUUCCUAUCUCUUCUCUCAUUCAAAUUCCGCGAAUUCGCACCCGGCUUCGCGUUAGCCGUCGAGGUAUCGGCAAACGCGGGGGCUCGCUUAGACCCAUCCACGGCGCCGGUUGCGCUCAGCAAGGCUGACCUAGAUGGGUUACUAACGCCGUUCGACCACAAGCGUCUCGAGUCGUAUGCCAACGGGCUGCUCGACUACCACGUCGUGUUGGAUCUCAUACCGACGAUUGCGCAGCUGUAUUUCAGCGGCCGCCUGCAGUUGAGCGGGAAACUCACUGAGGUGCAACGGGCGAUCUUGCUGGGCGUUGGCAUCCAAAGGAAGGAGCUUGAGGUUGUUUCUGCGCAGGCGUCGAUCCCGAUGCAGCAGGUUAUGGCUAUGUUUAUCAAGAUGAUGCGGAAGAUCUCAACAUACUUUAGCUCGCUGGUUACCGGGGCCAUCGCGGCCGAGAUGCCGGACCCGAGCAAGGUUGGUGUGAGCCGGGAGAACGCAGCCGGGAUGCAUGACGAUGAGGUGGUCGACAACAAGUACGCGCCUAUCGAGACAAGCCUAGAGGAUGAGCUGGAGGAGGGGGGCGAUGAGGCGAUGAGCGAGCUUCGGGCGAAGCAGAAGGGAGCUGAUCGACUCACUCCCGCUGGAUCAAUCGGAGGUGACAAGUCGGCGUGGGAGGACGCGGAGAAGCAGGUGCAGAAGGCGACCAAGAGUGGCAAGGGCAACCCGCUCGUCAGCGUCAAGACGAAGGUAAAACGCAAGGCCGAGGAAGCGGAUGGGCAUGAGGAAAAGGGCGGCGAUAGGGGGCACUCGAAAUCGAAGAAGGCGAAGCGGGAGAAGAAGAGGUGA